AUGGCAAAGAAGAUAAUAAUUGUGGCACUGGCGAUGCUUCUGUUGGCAUCUGUCGCCACCUUCGUGGGUGUCUUUUUUGGUGUCGAGAGAAGGAAGCAACCGAGUGAGCCGCGGUACUUUAAGGCAGCUGUGGCAGCAGAUGCUGGGCCGUGUUCAGAGGUCGGCAGAGACAUACUAAUAAAAGGGGGGUCUGCAGUAGAUGCCUCUAUAGCUGCUUUACUGUGUGUUGGACUUAUGAACGCUCACAGUAUGGGUAUCGGAGGAGGACUUUUCUUCACCAUCUACAACGCCAAAACUGGGAUCGUUGAGACCAUUGAUGCCAGGGAGAUGGCACCUCGCAAUGCAACAGAGAACAUGUUUGGGAACAGUACAGAUUUAUCCCAGAAAGGGGGGUUGUCUGUUGCUGUACCGGGGGAGAUUCGAGGUUAUGAGAUGGCACACAAACGACAUGGAAAACUGCCUUGGAAAGACUUGUUCCAGCCGAGCAUUGAUCUUGCAAAAAAAGGUUUUCCUUUGGGCAGGGCACUUGCCUCUGCUAUUUCCAGUAACAAGAAAACAAUAAUCAAGGACGAAGCCCUAUGUGAAGUGUUUUGUGGGAAAAAUGGCACCAUCCUAAAAGAAAAUGACACCAUCAAAUUCACGAGGCUUGCAGAAACCUAUAGAAAAAUAGCGGAAGAGGGUCCUAAUGCUUUCUAUCAGGGACCACUGGCUCAGAACCUUGUGACAGAUAUUCAGGCAGCAGGCGGUAUCAUCACAAUGGAGGAUCUGAAGGAUUAUGUGCCUGUCUUGGAUGAUAACCCUUUAAGGGUGAAUGUGGGGGAGUACACCAUGGCUGUUCCCAAUGCCCCAGCUAGCGGCCCUGUGCUCUCGCUGAUAUUAAACAUCUUGAAUGGGUACAACUUCAACUCAGAUAGUACGGCAAGCACUGAGAAAAAGAUCCUAACCUACCAUCGCAUUGUGGAGGCUUUCCGUUUUGCUUAUGCAAAGAGGACCUUACUUGGAGAUCCGAAAUUUCUCAACAUCACAGAUCUGAUCCAGAAUAUGACUUCAAGUUUAUAUGCUGAUGUCCUCCGUAAAAAGAUCACAGAUGAAUCCACACAUCACAUGAACUACUACGAGCCAGAAUUUUACCUUCCUGAAAACCACGGGACCGCACACCUCUCUGUAGUAGCAGAAGAUGGAAGCGCUGUGGCCGCCACCAGCACCAUCAAUCGCUUUUUCGGCUCCAAAGUCAUGUCAAGAUCAACAGGGAUACUUCUCAACAAUGAGAUGGACGACUUCAGCUCUCCACUCAUCACAAACAGUUUUGGAGUACCUCCUUCACCCAACAACUUCAUCAGGCCAGGAAAAAGGCCAAUGUCUUCCAUGUGUCCAACCAUCCUCUUUGACAAAAACAACAAAGUUAAGAUGGUGGUCGGAGGCUCAGGAGGAACGAAAAUCACCACUUCUAUCGCUCAGGUAAUUCUGAAUGCACUGUUCUUUGACUACGAUCUGAAGAAAGCUGUGUCAGAUCCGAGGGUCCACAACCAGCUGAGUCCCAACACCACUGUAGCAGAGCCUGACUUUGACAAAAACGUCCUGGAUGGUUUGGCAUCAAAGAACCACGAGACAGAGUUCCUCAAAUCAACAGGAGCUGUGGUGCAGGCAGUGGUUCGCUAUGAUGGCGGACUCCAUGCUCAGUCAGAUCCUCGCAAGUGGGCGUAUGCUGCAGGGUACUGA